GUCAAACCCAAUGAAUCGGAAUUAACCAAUUCUCUCCCUAAAUCUUGCAAAGGCAAGAAAAAAAAAGAAGCAAACAUCAAAAUCACAAAUCCCAAGCUAAUUAAAGGUGCAAUAUUACUCUUAGAAUCAAUCGCAUACAAUAACAAAAUUAGAUGCGUUAAUAUCGGCAAUGAAAGGCUCAUUUUCAGUGCCCGGCGACUACAUCUACUUCAAGUCUCAGGUUCCUUUACACAAAAUCCCGAUUGGCUCAAAGCAAUGGAGAUAUUACGAUUUUGGUCCAAAAUACGUGCCUCCUUUAAUCUGCCUGCCUGGUAUAGCUGGAACUGCAGAUGUGUACUACAAACAAAUCAUGUCAUUAUCAAAUAAGUUGCCUCUCCUUUUGAAUUCUGUUGUGGGGUAUUUACUUAUUGGAAUUUGGAGGAUUAUCGAGUCAUAUCAGUUGAUAUUCCCCUUGUAUGGAAUAAUCAAGAAUGGAUCCAAGCAUUUGAGAAGUUUUUGGAUGUUAUUGAUGUCCAUCAUAUACAUCUGUAUGGCACAUCUCUUGGAGGGUUCCUGGCUCAACUUUUUGCUCAGCAUCGUCCACGGAGAGUUAAAUCAUUGGUACUCUCAAACACAUUCUUGGAGACAAGUAAUUUCUCGGCAGCCAUGCCUUGGGCUCCCAUGCUGGGCCCCUUCGUUUUUACUGAAACGGUAUGUCCUUACUGGAAUCCGUGAUGGUCCUCAUGAACCUUUCAUUGCAGAUUCAGUGGAUUUUGUUGUUGCACAGGUUGAGACCCUUUCUAAAGAUGACUUGGCCUCAAGGUUGAGUUUAACUGUUGAUUCAGCAUCAGUUGGGCCGCUUCGGCUUUCAGAUACUUUUAUAACAAUAAUGGAUACCAAUGAUUUUUGUGCGGUUCCUCAAGAACUCAAGGAUCAAGUGAUUGAACGAUAUCCUGGUGCCAGACUAGCGAAUCUCAAGUCUGGUGGAGAUUUUCCUUUUCUUUCACGGCCAGAUGAAGUAAAUCUUCAUCUUCAGCUACAUCUGAGACGAGUUGGUGUUGAAGCCCAGCCUGAAUAUGUCCAAGGCACCAAUAGGGAUGGUGCUGGUGAGAGUUCAAGUAACCAAAACAAUGAACGAGGUGGUGUGGACAAUGAAUCAAAAGACGAGAUGAGGGACUACAUUGGUGUCACAAAUGAAAACAGUGUCGCCACAAAUGAAAAUGAAUCAUCUGUGGCUUUGGAAACUCCUUUUCUGGGUAAUUUUGAUAAUGAGGUUCUCAGGAAUGUGCAUCUAUCUAUCGAUGAGUGAUCGAUGCACAUGACCACUUAUGCUGAAAGCUAUGACGACGAAUCGAACCUUGCUUAUGAAUAUACCAUUCUUGAAAUUGCUCCAUUUUGCAUAGAGUCUUGUACAUUAAUAGGAUACCGGUGUUGGGAAUUUAAGCAUUAUUUGAUGUAUUAUUUUGUACAUUAAUAUUGAAGUUUUCUGGAUAGGGGAUGUUUGUCUUGAAUUUUAAUAAUCCAUUUUCUGUGUGAGAAACCAACAUUUUCCUUUGUAUAA